AAGCGGGAGGCGCGUGGCGCUGUGGACGCGACAAGGAGGAGGAGGAGGCGAUGGUGGUGGCGGUGGUGGUAGCGCGUCUCGUACAGUCGUAGUGGUUGGAGGAGGAGGCGGUCCGACCCCAAGCCUCCGCAUGCCGCCCUCUUAUAAAACACGACGAGCGGGAGAUUAAUGCUGGAGGCAGACAGGGCAGGUACAAGUACAACAAGCAGAUACACAGACGUCACCAAAACAACAACACAGACACAUACACACGGGGGGUUUCAAACAACCAUCGUAAUUCCCUCCAACAACCAAGCCAUGGAGGAGAGUGACGAGGGCGGUGGAGGCGGCGGAGGCAGCAGCAGCGGCGGCGGCAUCGUGUACCAGGACUCUGGCGAGGAGGAGGCCCCGCCGGCCGGCGUGUCGGCCCGCGUCUCGGGCAUGGCGGAGGGCGUCUACCGCGAGCUGGAGCGCCUCAUGGGCGAGCACGGCGAGGCGGUGCUGCGGGACCUCGUGCCGCUCGUGGUCGGCGUGCUCGAGGCCCUGGACGCGGCCGCCUCGCAGGGCCACGAGCGCCAGGUGGAGCUGGAGCUGCUGCGGGAAGACAACGAGCAGCUGCUCACGCAGUACGAGCGGGAGCGCACGCUGCGCAGGCAGGCCGAGGAGAAGUACAUCGAGUAUGAAGAUGCCCUGGAGCAGGAUCGCAACACCCUCCUGGGGAAGGUUGAGACGCUGGAACUGCAGCUCAAGCAGAUGGAGAUCCGCUCCAAGUUCUACUCGGACCAGAUCUCGCGGCAUGAGGAUCGGGAGGCGGAGCUGAAGAAGGAAUACUCCGCGCUGCGUCACAGAUACACAGAGAUCAUCCAGGCGUACACGGAGCAUGUGGAGCGCAACAAGAUGUUCCAGCCCGCCGGGCAGGUGGAGGGAGGCUCGGUCCGCAUGCGUCACAGGAGGGACAGGCCCAAGUCUCUGCGGCUCUUCCUGCUCCCGGGCCCAGAGCCAUCCCCGUCCGUGCCCGUGGCGUCUCCGCAGGAUGGCGCCGAUGUCGUCGUUGGGGAGCAGUGGCGCAGGCCGCCCCUCGUGUCCAACACCAGCCUCAAGGAUGAGCUUCUGGACACAAGCCCAGGCGACCCUGCUGCAGGGAGGGAGGAUGAAGCUGCUGCUGGGAGGGGGGGCAAUGCUGCUGCAGGGAGGGGGGGCAACGUUGCUGCGGGGAGUGCGGACAUCGCUACUGCAGGGACGGCAGGCAACUCUGCUGCUGCAGGGAGGCUGGGGGAUGCUGGUGCAGGGAGGGAGGCCGACGCUGCAGGGAGGGUGGGUGACACUGCUGCAGGGAGGAUGGGUGACCCUGCUGCAUCGAGGAUGGGUGACGCUGCUGCAUCGAGGAUGGGUGACGCUGCUGCAGGGAGAAUGGGGGAUGCUGGUGCAGGGAGGGAGGCCGACGCUGCUGCAGGGAGGAUGGGUGACGCUGCUGCAGGGAGGAUGGGUGACGCUGCUGCAGGGAGGAUGGGUGACGCUGCUGCAGGGAGGAUGGGUGACGCUGCUGCAGGGAGGGUGGGUGACGCUACUGCAGGGACGGCAGGCAACUCUGCUGCUGCAGGGAGGACAGGCAACGCUGCUGCAGGGAUUGCGGGCAACUCUGUUGCAUGGAGCGAGGGCGACGCUGCAGCAGGGAGGAUGGGCGCUGAUCAGCCUUCAUCGCCCGAGGCCGGUGUAGCGGUCACCGCGGAGGUGACGGCCAACGUGGUGGGGGCCUGGAGCCACGGCUCCGUUGAGGCCGCGCUGCAGAACAACCUCAACAAGGAGGAGGAGGAGGAGCCACUGCCGGACAGCAAGCACUUGAACAUCGAGGCACUGCACGCGCCUCCUGGCGACAAAGCCUCUGGCUGGGCCGGCGUGCAAGGCAUCAUCGAGACGACUCCAGAGCUCGGCCCGGUACCUUGCAACAAGGACGGCAGCAGGGGCCGCGAUGCGCAGCACGUGGGCAGCAGUUGCAGCACACCCAGCCGGCCCGACACGGAGACCGGGGUGAACGACAGCUCUCUGUAUGCAGAGCUUUCGUCAGCGGGGUCGGAGGUCAUCUGUGAAGUGGACGAGGGGGCCGACCUGCUGGGUCUCGGGGUGGAGGUGGAGAACCUGAUAAUGGAAAAUACACAGCUCAUGGAAACAAAGAACGCGCUGAACGUGGUGAAGAACGACCUCAUUGCGCAGGUGGAGCAGCUGGGCAGCGAGCGCGAGUCGCUGCUCGGGGAGCUCGGCUCCCUCAAGGCCAGCAGGGCUCGGCUGGAGGGACGUCUCAAGGAGGCCGAGGAUGACCUCAAGAGGACCAAGCAGGAGCUGGAGCAGGUGAAACAAGCCAACAAAGAUGACCUGGAUGAGAACGACAUGCCGAUGGCGCAGCGCAAGCGCUUCACACGGGUGGAGAUGGCGCGCGUGCUCAUGGAGCGGAACCAGUACAAGGAGCGGCUCAUGGAGCUGCAGGAGGCCGUGCGUUGGACCGAGAUGAUCCGGGCCUCACGGGAGCAGCUGAACGCCCAAGAGAAGAGGACUCGGUCAUCCAUCUGGCAAUUCUUCAGCCGCCUGUUCGGGCCUUCCGGCACGGCAACGAGGAGACCGUCCCAGCCCAACCUGCGUUACAACGCCCCGAGCAGUCACGUGACUCCUGGGGCGCCCCCCAAGAGCACGGCCAUCGCCCAGCUGCCCGUCGACAAGUCCCGCGCCUUCGACUUCCUCUACGACGACCUGUCCCCGUCGCGGAGAGAGCAGAAGCGAGAGCAGUACCGCCAAGUCCGUGCUCACGUCAAGCAGGAGGAUGGUCGACCCCAGGCUUACGGCUGGAGCCUGCCCAAUAAGUACAGACAGAUUUCUAGAGUGGGUGGUGUUAAUGGUGGUGGUGUGCGACAGAAGAGCAGUGCAUCUCAGCUGGACGAGGAAAAGGUGAAGCAGCUCCCAGUGCCUGUGUAUUGCCGGCCUCUUCACGAGCAGGAGCCCAGCAUGAAGCUGUGGUGCGCGGCGGGAGUGAACCUGUCGGGCGGCCGUACCCGCGACGGCGGCUCCAUCGUGGGCGCCAGCGUCUUCUACAGCCACGCGGCGGAGGCAGCGAGCGGCGAGCUCGUCGAGAGCUCCCCGCCGGCCUCGCCGAGCAGCAGCCUCGAGCUCCUGGAUCAGGAGCUGCAGAAGCAUCAGCGGGAGCUGCGGCAGGCGGACGAGCUCUCGAGCCUCGUGUGGGUGUGCACGAGCACGUCCAACACGAGCCACGUGCUCGUCCGCGACGCCAACCAGCCCGACCGCAUCCUCGAGCAGUUCGCCGUGUGCAGCUCGCACGUCCUGUGCAUCGCCAGCGUGCCCGGCGCCCGAGAGACAGACUACCCCGCUGGGGAAGAGAUCCAGGUGGACGCGAGCCUGAGCCCGCGGGCUCCCUGUGGCGGCGCCGCCGCUAUCCCUAGCGCCACCGCCGGCGACGUCGCGGACGGGCCGGCGGCGCUGGGGGGCCUCGUGCUCGUCGACUGCACCACGACCUGCGCCGGCGGCGAACCGUCCGGCCGCCUCUCGUCAGGCGCCAGUAGUCCCACCCCGCAGCUCAGGCCAGCGGGAGGAAGCCACCCCCUUCUGGGGGAGAACGAGCAGGAGGAGGAGGAGGAACCCUCGACGGAGGAGGCCACGGAGGCCCUCGAGAGCCCUGGGGAGGGAGGCCCGGAGGGAGGGGGCCGUGCGCCGAACGGGAAGCACUCCGCCGCUCCGGCCGCCUUCACCGAGCACGUCUUCACCGACCCCCUGCAUGAGAAGCCUCAGCUCGAGCCCAGGGACCCGGACGUGGUGCGGGACGGUGUGUCCAUGCGGGCCGUCGACACGGACCUUAUGCACGAGGAGGCGGGGAAGAUGAGCAGCAUCCUUCCCACCAUGUGGCUGGGCGCGCAGAAUGGAUUCCUGUACGUGCACUCCUCCGUGGCUCAGUGGAGGAAGUGUCUGCACUCCAUCAAGCUGAAAGACUCCGUGCUGUGCAUCGUGCACAUCAAAGGCAGGGUCCUGGUCGCCCUGGCGGAUGGAACGAUGGCUAUUUUCCACCGAGCAGAAGACGGCCAGUGGGACCUGAGCAACUACCACCUGCUGGACCUGGGGCGGCCGCACUUCUCUAUCCGCUGCAUGGCGGUGGUGCACGACACGGUGUGGUGCGGAUACCGCAACAAGAUCCACAUAAUCCAGCCCAAGACGCUGCGCAUCGAGAAAUCGUUCGACGCCCACCCGCGCAAGGAGAGCCAGGUGCGACAGCUGGCGUGGGUGGGCGACGGCGUGUGGGUGUCCAUCCGCCUGGACUCGACGCUGCGGCUCUACCACGCGCACACGCACCAGCACCUGCAAGACAUCGACAUCGAGCCGUACGUCAGCAAGAUGCUGGGCACCGGAUCACUGGGCUUCUCCUUCAUCCGCAUCACGUCGCUGCUCAUUUCCUGCACCCGGCUGUGGGUCGGCACGGGCAACGGCGUCAUCAUCUCCAUCCCGCUCUCCGAGUCAUCUCGGCAGAAGGCAUUGGGCCUGGGUGGCCCGGCUUGGUGCGCCAGCCGCCUGGGGGGAGGAGGCAGCGGCGGGCCGGGCCUGGCGCGUCCCGGCGGGGUGGUGCGUGUCUACGGGGACGAGACGGGAGACAAGGUUACGCCCGCCACCUUCAUCCCCUACUGCUCGAUGGCCGACGCGCAGCUCUGCUUCCACGGCCACAGGGACGCCGUCAAGUUCUUCCUCGCCGUGCCAGGCUGCAGCGCGGACGCCACCGAGCCUCCAGGCGGCGUGCGGGACAAGCCCAAGUACAUGCUGGUCGUGAGCGGCGGCGAGGGCUACAUCGACUUCCGCAUCGGCGACGGAGAAGAAGCGGACGACGUGGCUCCGAUCAAGCCGUCGCUGAUCAAGGAUCUGAGCCACGUGAUCAUCUGGCAAGUGCGGGACUGCCCGACCUGAGCGACGAUCAGCUGGCUCCGGCAGCUGAUUUGGUCGCCCGUGGCCAGCGAUGCCAUCUUAGAGGAGGACGGUUCCACUGGGACUCACGAGGAUGGGACAGCUCGCUCUCCCGAGUGGCUGAGGUUCAGCCGGACCGCAGCAAUUCUCAUCCUGAGACAAUGACAUUGAUUCGGCUCGAAGGAUCCGACUUUGCUCCGUACAUGCAAAACAAACAAACAAAAAACUUCGGCGUUUUAUAUUACCGUUUAUUGCUUUGGUGGGUUCAGGAGUAUUUUCCUCUCGUUACUUUCCCCGUACCAGCAACGCAGUUGCGCUGCUUCACGAACUGCCUCGCCUUGUUGUUGACGCCACCGUGAAUCCCUUCUGUGCAGCUUUGAUGCAGGUAAUAUGGUCUGAUUUCAGUGCCCUGUUUCUGUUCCGGUAAUGUCUGCUCCCGUUCUGCCUUUCUUCGAAGCCGUUUGAUCAUUAUUGUAUUCCUGUGAUUGAGUACCUUUAAAAAAAACAAGAUAUAUAUUUUUUUCCAGGCCAAUUGUUCUUUGUACUCUGUUGCCUUGUGUUUGUCAGAGUGUGGCACUGUUCAAAGCACCGGUCAAAAGGUGCGUGAAACAGGAUCCACCCCUUUUGCAUCACCACCACACAUGCUUUCCACUGCCACGCUCUCGGGCGUUUUGCGUGCGCUACUAAAGCCGAGAAGAAGGGAUCAACGUCGCAAUGCAAGGCGGCGCUAUCACGAUCGCUGUCCGACCAUCCCGCUGUCGCGUUCGUUGCAACCGGCUGUUCCGCACCUGGGUGCGCUCAUUGAGAAGCCUCGAAUUUUCGCCUUUCCCUUCGGUGAUGCGGUUUAGCCGAUUGGCAGGUCGCGGUGCGGUGCGGUGAAGUGUGGAGCCCCCACCCCCCCACCCCCGCCCUUUCUACGGCGUACGUCUGGCGUGGAAGGGGGAGGCCAAAUCCUUGCUUUGAGUGGAGGUCCUUGAGCCAGCGGUGGCUUGGCCGAGAGAGAUUGGAGUGCUGCGCCUCUACCUGCUUUCCUUGCGGUGACGCUCGGCUUUUAGAAAUCUCCCGCCUCCUCAUUGCUGCUGUUGCGUGAUCUGCAUUCACGGGUUUAGGUUUUCAAAAAAAAUGUUAUCGGAUGAUUUCCAUUUACAGGCGCUCGCUUUUCUGCUCUUUCAUGUACGAGCUAUCGCUUUGUGUCCCGAUGCGUCUUUCCUCGGACUUCGCAGGCCGUAAUUGUGGAUGCAGCUUUUUUUUAUCUGAAUGUUGAAUUUCAACGACGCUCAUCACGAUGGACGAUCGUCAUAAUUUGUUAUGCGUAGAGCACUUUAACUUGCAAAGCACUCCGUAAUAAAACUGAUGUAAAUAAAAGACACGGCAGAAAGAAGGCACAGGAGGCUUACCACUCAGAGGGACACUUAAGCACCCAGUGGGGAGGAGGAUGAGAGGAGAGGCUGGAAACAAACUCUUGAGAGGGGACGGGGGACUUGCUGAUUGUAAGGAGAAGUCCGCAAAAUAAGGGUGCGGUGACGAAUGUUGAGAGAUGGUCUGUGAGAGGGUUCGAUUGCUGAGAGAGAGGAGGUGGGGUGGAGGGCAGAACCACGGAGUUCCAUUGGAAAUUGAGGCUAGCAAGGAGAUGGAGGAUGUGAAGGGGGGGGGGGGGAGAUGUGAGGCGGAAUGGAACUCGGUGGGAGAUAGGGUGUCGUUGAGGGUAGGCAGAGAGUCGUGAAGGACCUCGCACGCGUUGCUGUGUGCUCGUUUUAGAAGUGGAUGCGGCAUCGUAUGGGGUGGCCCAUAACGAGUAGCAGGGAUAGGGAGCGGUGUGAGGGCAAAGUGGGAAACUUGGUGAACAGUCUUGUGCAUGUGUGUGGGAUUGCUGGAUGGAUCGAAAUGGCGCGAGGUGCGAGCGUGUGGGAGUGCCGACGGGAAGAGAAUUGGAACGACUUGAUUCUGGUAGAGGAGCAGCUCUCUUACCCCCUCCUCCUCCUCCUCCUCCUUGGCCUUCAGCAAGUGCGGUGGUGGUCCCUCUUGUUUCUCGUUCCUCACUCGGAGUCUCCCUCCUGAGCGGCUGACGAGCAGCGGCGCGGCGCUGUGUCCCGACCUCGCCAGCGCGCAGCUUGCGACGUGCGCCCCGCUGCGUCGAGUCGAGCGUGUCUUGCGGGAGGGUUUUCCGAGCGUGAUCUCUGGAUCUUCACAUCCGAAUCCGGGUUAAUUUUUCUGCCGGGCUCUUGGUUCGCUAAUCUGUUUGCUCCCUUUGGUGCCUUUCGAAGUGCUUCGGGCGCUCUUCACCAAAUUUACCCUCGGCCUGCCCGACUUGCUGCAUUGAGACCUCCCCCCCACCACCACCACCACAGUCGAAAUAUUGUCACGGCGGCCGGCUCGUGCAACGCGGCUGCUGCAGCAACCGCCACUCCGGAUGUGGAGGUAACUUGUCAUGAGCAACAGCUGUGACCGCUGCAACCUACGCGUGGGAGUUGCGUGGAGACGGGCGUUGUGGGAGAUGCGUGGCCGUCAGAGGAAUGGGGAAUGCUCUCGUGACCUUCCUAAGAUAACGGCAUCCUCGUGCACGGGCGACGAGUGGCUUCUUCACCGUGAAAUCUGAUCAAAGUCACCGGUCAGCUGGUUUUGUCUGGAUCGAGCUGCUGCACCUGUGUAUAGGCGUUGCUAGGACUCGCAGAGAAUUGUGGGGUGAGGGGAGGUUUGCCAUGCUGCGUGCGCUUUAGCCUAAAUAACCUUAACCGAUUUAGCCGCUUGCGUUUUAUUUUGAAGACUCAAAAGAAUCCUCCCCCCCCCCCCUUUUUUGACCUGGGCGCGAUGUACAUUGGCCCAUUGUCGUGAUGCGCUCGGAACGUCGUCCUUGUCCAUCGCCGGCGUGGUGUGGCGUGGCGUCUCGUCGUGUUGCAUUCGAAAGUAAAUCGCUUUAACCUUUCACGCUUUUUCAACAUGCACCCAGGUUGCAAAGCGAGUGUUCACACUCUGGGUUGCCAUUAAUACACCCGGGUUAAGUUGUUUUUUGCAAUUGCACAAUCGACGUUUUAUGGCAAUAAGAAUGUGUGUGUGUAUGUGUUUGCCUGCAAGUUCACCACCACCCCAAAGAGGGGGGGGGGGGGUUGGGGGGGAUUGGCGCUCUGUUUGAUGUUGAUGGUUUUUUGAGGAAAAGUGUGUCCGAGCAAGCAUUGUCGCAUCCUCGGAAUGAGACGUCCUGCACGCUGCUCCACGCCAAGAACACGCGGGCCCGUUCCACGCUCCCCUGCACCGAGACCUUGAAGCACUCCGUUUAAGAGUUAAUACCCACGCACGUUUACGCGUCCUGUUACUCAUUUACGCGCGGUGUGCUCCUACGGUUUUUUUGCAAGUGUGCUCUUCGUGCUGCCUCUGCAUCCAUUCCCGUGAACCCCCCAAGCUAAUAUUCCUGCCCGGAGCCUUGUCUUCCCGCGGCCGUGGAGCUCACGCGAGUUGGCAAUUUGCUCGCCCCCAAAGUAAGACGGCGCCGAACUCUUUACGUUCCCUGCUCCUCUCUCUUCCCGCGCCCACGCUGGCAAGAGGUCCCUGGAGGCCUGAUGAAUAUAAUUCCCCCCCCCUCGCCCCCCGUUAUUCAUUGGCAACACCACCAGGCCCAUUGUGGUUGGCCUGGUUUGUGUGUAAGGCGACGUUGACCCUUUGGCCCCCCGCUCUGGGCGGCCCCCCCCCCAAAUCAUCUGGACGGCACGCGCGGCUUGGCGGUGACAAUCCGCGCGUGCGUGGCUCUCCGUGGCUCUCCGUGGUGCAACCGGGCGCGGAGGCGGCGUGAGUGGAUCGUCUCGAGGUGGAAGGUGCCGCUCAGCUGCUGCCGUUCGGGAAGGGCGUUCCUUGGUUUGGGGGGGGGGGGCUGGAAAUUUGCCGAACGGCCUCUUUCGCAAAGUGUGGUGGCGCUAAUGACGUCCGACUUCUCGCCGCCCGUCGGUUCGCAGCCAAAGAGAUUUGCCGCGGAGGCAUCCGCCAACGGCACGGCGGUCGAGGUGAACAUUUAAAAAAGAAUCGUUUUGUAAUAAACUUGUCCGAAUCAAGACGCGUGCGACCCAAGCGUUGCGACAUUUGUGCUUUCAAUUGAGUCUUUGGCUCGAGACGUUUUCACGUUCACAAGGUUGGUAAUUUUUUUUCAAAUACAUGACGUACUUUCUGUCAUGUAUCGGCACAGUUGGGUUGUAAGUGAGAAAACAGCAUUUUAAACGUGCGCUUUCGCAAACUUAAACCAGUUAACCGCAACUCGAAUGUGUAUUGUAAGUUGGCUCUGUGUAAUUUGUAACUUGGCAGAGUUAGCCAUAACCAUGCGCCCAUUUAUACCCUCAAUUUUCUAAGUCGCCUUCAACAAAGGUCGAAUACUUUUACGAUGAUAUAUUUUUGUUUUUGCAAUGGAGAGAGCUGAAUAAAUGAGAAAAACGAUACGCGUAUCGUCAGCACGGCA